CCCGAGGCCCCGCCCCGUGGAAGAGCCCUCUCCAGGCCCCGCGGCGUUUGGCUGAGAAGGCGGCUGAGACUCCGGCGGGAGGCAGGGCGCAGACUUCGGGUCGGAAGCGCGGUGCUGGGACUCGGUGCAGUGAUUGCUGGCCGCCUGCCACCCCAGCCGCAGGGACGGACGGACACUGGCAGCUCUCUGGACGCCGGGGUCCAGGCUGAUGGCUGAUGAUGUCAGGGACUAACAACGUCGCCCAGGCCCGGAAGCUGGUGGAGCAGCUGCGCAUCGAGGCUGGCAUCGAACGCAUCAAGGUCUCCAAAGCCUCUUCAGAACUGAUGAGCUACUGUGAGCAGCAUGCCAGGAACGACCCCCUGCUGGUCGGAGUGCCGGCCUCGGAGAACCCCUUCAAGGACAAGAAGCCGUGCAUAAUCCUCUAGCGCCGGCCCUGCUCCCGACGCCUCCCCGCCCCGCCCGCCAUGGUCCGAUUCUUACUGCGAGAAAAACCGAAUUCCUCGGGCUCCGAAGGAGCAGAAGCCCGCGCGAGGGCCGAGCCCGGGUUAGGGUGGCGCUUGGGCCCCGCCGUGCGCCUCUGAGCGCCCCGAUGUUCGCCUCCCCCCUGCCGUCCAGUGUCCCCGGGGCCCCGAGGGACGUGACCAGUUCUUCACGCUCCCCUCGCAAGCGUGAGGACCUGAGUUCUAAUCCCGCAUACAAAGCCCAGUGCAGCCGGGCGGUGGUGGCGCACGCCUUUAA